UCUGGUCCAAUUAUGUGUUUAUAAACUAAAACACGACGUAAACGCCUAAAACAAUGCAAAGAUUUUUGAUAAAAGUUUAUAACUAAAAUUUGUGUUAAUAUAUUUCAGUAGGAAGCAAUAUUUGUGAAUUUAAAAGUAGAAUAAUCUUAAGUGAAAUGUUCAAAAAUAAAAACGAAAGCAAUAUUGUUUAUAAAUGCACAGUGCGACUUCUUGAAGAUGCUGACAUUCUUGAAUGCGAAUUUCAGCCAUUCCAUAGAGGAAGUUAUCUUAUAGAUUUCAUAUGUGAUCAAUUAAAAAUUAAGGAGAAGGACUACUUCGGUUUACGAUAUGUGGAUAUAUCUAAACAAAGGCACUGGUUGGACCUGGGAAAAUCUGUUAUAAAACAAUGCAAAGACGUGGAUCCAAUACUAUUCUCCUUUCGUGUGAAGUUUUACCCUGCAGAUCCAUUUCGAUUAACAGGCAAUGGCCGAAUAAUGCUGUAUCAGCAAUUAAAAAGAGAUUUACGUCAUGGCCGGCUUUAUUGUUCUAUUGGCGAAGCAGCAGCAUUGGGAUCUCUCAUUGUCCAAGAGGAGAUUGGAGACUUCAACGAAGACAUUCAUAUUGAUAAUUACGUAUCAUCAAUGAAUUUAGCUUUACGCCAAACAGAAACGCUUGAGAAGAAAAUUAUGGAAUUACACAAAAAACGACAACCUUAUCAAGAUCCUAGUGUUGCGAUAGAUGAAUUCAUGGGUAUUGCUAGAGGUCUUGAAACAUACGGAAUAGAUCCUCAUCCUGUAAAAGAUCAUCGAGGCUCCCAGUUAUAUAUUGGAAUUAAUUAUUCUGGCAUUAGUACUUUUAUUUCUGGCAAACGGUCGCAGCAUUUUCGUUGGAAUGAAGUUCAUAAAAUCAAUUUUGAAGGCAAAAUGUUCAUUGCUCAUCUUAGUUAUACAGAUGCCAGCAGGGAGCCAAAAAAACAUACAAUUGGAUUUAAAUGUUCCUCUAAUGUCACAUGUAGAUAUCUAUGGAGAUGCGCUAUUGAACAAAUGUUAUUUUUUACUCUACCUAAUAGCCAGCAUGCAGCAGUAGUUUCUGGAGGUGGAUUUUUUUCAUGGGGGACCAAGUUUAAGUAUACUGGACGAACCGAACGUGAAAUACUAACAGAGAGUAUAAAUGCACUUCGUGAACAAAAGCUGACUAACUCAUCGACAAGUAAACGAAAAGCCAGCAGUGUCCCAGCAACGCCGUCCAGUCCACAGGGUGAUUUGGCGCAAAUACGCUAUAGCAGUUUACCUCGUUCAACCAUGUCUGAACCGUUAAGCAACUGUACUAUACCAGCAACAGACAGUCUUAGUAACAUUGUUUUUAGCCAAAACCUGGGGUAUGACGUGUCCAGCAACAGUGGCAUACAAGGACCAAGUCUUGAACCAGUUUCUGAAGAGGCUCGAAUGCGUGCGUCGUCGAAUUUUGAAAACAUCAACAUGCUAAAUAAUUGUAGCAAUGCAGAGAUGUCAAAUUACUAUUUGAAAACAGAGGACUCGAUAUUGUACUCAUCACCUGAGUCAGCAGCAUUUAAUACAUAUGAUAGUGAAGCUGUACCACCGAGAAAUUCUGAAAAGAGGCUGAAUAGCUAUUUUCAACAACAGCAGACCAACAGCACAACAGUAAAUUCCUGUUUAAGCACAUCAACGACUUCCAAGAGCAACGACAACCCUACGUCUGACAACCAUUAUACCAACAGUGCCAAAGGUGUACGUAAAUUCCAUUUUAUCAAUGCAUUCAUUCCAUCCUUUGUUUUUGUGGUUAUUGUAAUGACAAUAUCCGCCAUCAUAGUACUUGAAUCAGACUCGGAUACUUUUGAGCAGAUCCGAAAUCUCCCUGAAAUGAUUAGUUUACGUUAUCAAUAUUAUCAACCCCUUAAGGAGUAUAUUCUACAAAAAGUUGGACGGAAAACAUAAAACGUUGUCCACAAACAAUAUGAUGCAUAUAAAUAAUAAAUAAAAAAGGGCUUUUCCACUAAA